AGACGGGAAGCCGAGAGUUUGUGAGUGUACGUGAUUGAAGAGAUACACAGAGUGCUGUUUUCCUUUCAGAUCAACCUUAAUCAUGUCAUUCAAUGAGUCUAAGAUUAAGAAAAUGCUUCCUAAGACAUAUCUGCGUAAGCAAGUGACUCAGGAAAUAAGCAUUGCACUGACUCACUUCCAAUUUCUUGUGCCAGUGAUGGACAAACACGUUUACAACGAUGGAACCUCAAAGGACCUGAUGAGUCUAACUGGAACCAUUCCAAUCAAGUGUCAAGACAAGACCUACAACAUCCCAGUUUGCCUGUGGCUUGAAGAAAGCUUCCCCCAAACUGCCCCCAUCUGCUACAUCAGACCCACACAGGAGAUGAUGUUACUCAAAGGGAAGUUUGUGUCCAGCAAUGGUGAAGUGAGGCUGCCUUACCUUGAAGAGUGGAAACAUGGUGAAUGUGAUCUUGUGAGCCUCUUGCAAGUGAUGUGUGUCAUAUUUGGAGACUUCCCUCCUGUAUGCAUGAAGCAAUAUCCAGAGCCCGAGCAGACCUCUUGUUGGCUGCAGUUCCAGAGACAAACACAGGUGCUUUCAGAUUCAGAUGGAAGCAUGUAUCUAUGUUUACCAAGAGAAGACGACCAACAAGACCAUGAAACAACCUGUUAGUCUUCAGUGAUAUUUUACAAAUCAUUUUUACAACAGUGUGCUGCCUGUGAUUUUUGUUGUAUCCUGUGCAUAGUGUCAGAUGGUAUCCAUUGAUAAAUCUAUGUGUCAUUAUUAAUUCUGUAUUGGAAAAAAUCCAAAUGAUUUAGAUAGGUAAAUGUCAAGUAUGAUAAAAACAUAUUGAUUGGUUUUAUGCUCUUAUAAUGGAUUUCUUCUUUCUUCUUCUUUCUUCAUUUUUCUUCUUUUGGUUUUUCAUUGAACAUAUCAAUGGCUUCCACAUUUGAAUGCCUGUAAAUUAAUUGACCUGAAUGACAAACGUGACUUUUGGACUUUUGACUAGUGAAAAGAUAAGUUACUCAUUUGAUGAACUUACACCCAGCCAAUGCAGCCCAAUAGAGGAUUGUUUGUUUUUCUCAGUGUGCUUCAAAACCGUGUGAAAGAAGACUCAAUGGAUAAUUUGAAUACAUUUUUAGAUUACAGCAUUUCACACAGAGCCAAAAGACAAAACUAUCCCCAAAAACUGGACAUUUAACAAAUAUUGUUGGCUGAUCUCUUGUGAAAGUGUUGCUUUUAUUCAGGAAUAAAGGUGUGUUGUGCUAUUAAAAUAAA